AUGGGCUGCUGUGCGCUGGAGUUCCUGCUGGUUCUCUGUGGGCUUGAGUUUUCCUGGUCCUGCCCCCGUCACUGUAUCUGCUACACUGCACCCACCACCGUCUCUUGCCAAGCCCAUAACUUCCUGUCGGUCCCCGAAGGCAUUCCUCCCGACAGUGAGCGCAUCUUCCUACAGAACAAUAAGAUCCAUCGCUUACUUCGGGGACACUUCAGCUCCAAUACGGUCACUCUGUGGAUAUACUCCAAUAACAUCACUUACAUUGAGCCGUCCACAUUCCACGGCUUCACGCUGCUCGAGGAGCUGGACCUCGGAGACAACCGCCACCUGCGCUCCUUGGCGGAAGACACGUUCCACGGGCUGAAUCGGCUCAAUGCGCUUCACCUGUACCGCUGUGGGCUCAGUUCACUCCCUAAUAACAUCUUCCAAGGCCUCAGAAACCUGCAGUAUCUCUACUUGCAGGAUAAUCAUCUGAAGUUCCUGCAGGAUGACACAUUUAUGGACCUCCAUAACCUGAGCCACCUGUUCCUGCAUGGCAAUCGUCUGUGGAGCCUUAACCAGAACACGUUUAGAGGCCUUCGGGCCUUGGACCGACUGCUUCUGCACCAAAACCAGAUUGAGUGGGUUGACCGCCUGGCCUUCCACGACCUAAAACGUCUCACCACCCUCUACCUGUUCAACAACAGCCUGAUACAGCUCUCCGGACAGUGCCUGGACACACUGCCCGCAUUGGAAUACCUGCGCCUCAACGACAACCCCUGGUCAUGUGACUGCAAGGCCCUGUCGUUAUGGGAAUGGUUGAAGCGUUUUCGAGGCUCUACAUCUUCAGUGGGUUGCCAGGCGCCAGCUGAUAUGAUUGAUAACGACCUCAAGGAGCUGCGCAAGGAGGACUUCCCCAACUGUUCACCAACCGUUCCUAAUUCUGAGUCCAGAGCCCAGACCAACAAUGUAUCUGGCACGGUGAAUCCGUCCCUUAAUCAUGGUGGGGUGGUGGGCUCUGGAGGGCAGACCCACAUUGUGCACCCCUCAAGGCCUGGCCGCUCUCGGAACUGCACAAAGCCUCGUAACAGGGGCAAGGGGAAGGGUGACAAUGAGGUCAUGGCAGACAAGGAGGAUUCCUCCCCAGAUUUCACAGACGGGGGCAAACAUGACCACACAUCCCCAGACGGCACCGUCACACGGAGGAAGCACAAGUGUACUGCCCGGACCACUGUUCGCCCUCCUAGUGGGGUUCAGCAAGCCAACAACAGGGCAACCUUAUCCCAGUCAUUACUACAUGUCUGUGCCCUCUUUGCGGCCUUGAUAAUGACAAAUAUUGAUUUCAUUCUCCGUUGA